AAUUUCAAAAAAAUCAUUGUCGUUACCGGUUCAACUGAUGGUCUUGGUUUUGAAUUUGCUAGACAAUUAGCACAAAAAGGUUAUAAUCUUAUAAUGAUUAGUCGUAAUGAAGAAAAAUUGUUAAUGAAAAAAGAAUUAAUUUUAAAACAAUUUCCAUCAAUUCAAAUUGAAAUAUUGGCUAUUGAUUUUCAAUAUUUAGAUGUUUAUGAUAAAAUUGAAAAAUUUUUACAAAAAUAUCUUGAUAAUAUAUUCAUAUUGAUUAAUAAUGUUGGUUUUUUUGAAAUACCUGGCCAUUUUUUCUAUCAAGAAUCAAACGAAUUUCAUCAACGUAUGAUGAAUGUUAAUGUAAUUAGUACAAUACGUAUGACUGAAUUAAUUUUACCGAAAAUGAUUGAAAAACGACGUGGUUUAAUCAUAAAUGUUUCAUCAAUCAUGAGUCAUUUUCCAGGUUAUCAACAUUCAAUGUAUGCAGCAACAAAGUCAUUUCAAGCAUCAUUAUCCCGUACAUUAUCGAAAGAAUGUCGAUCAAAAAAUGUUCUUAUAUUUACAUUAUUACCGGGUGCAGUAAAAUCAUCAAUAUUACCAUUUGAAUCGAAUUUUAUUAUACCUAAAACAGAAAAAUAUAUUAAAUCAACAUUACGUUCAAUUAAUUGGACAACAACAGAAAGUUAUGGUUAUUUACCACAUUUAAUGUUACUAAUAUUUAAGGAAUUUUUACAAUUUUUAUUUGGCAAAUCAAAUACAGAUGAUAUAGCUGUAAUAUUAUUUGAUAAAAUUAAUAAUAAUCAACUUGAAGUAUCGUUAACGUUUCGAAAUAUUAUCAAAAUAAUUAAAAUUGUAAUCAAUAAUUUUUUAUUUGAUAAUAAUCAAGAUUAUCAACAUAACGAUAGUAUCGAUGAUAAUCAUUUGAUUCAAAAUAAAUUGAUUGAUUCAAAGAAACAUUCUUAA